CCGCCGUUCGACGAAACGCGUCCGUUCAAAGUCACACAGCCUCCGAAUCCGACGUGGAAGACGCAGGACGGACUGCUGGAUGACACGCCGUCGACGCAGGCGUGGAAAGCGGGCGCGAUGCAGGGGUGGAAGUCAUGGGAUAUGGACACCACGUCGCCAUCGGUUGCGUACAGGAUGUUGACGAGUGCCAUCGUCCCGCGCCCGAUCGCAUUUAUAUCUACCCUCUCCCCCUCCGGCGUUCCAAACUUAGCGCCGUUCAGGUGUGUUUCUCACAACCCACCUAUGGUCAGCGUGUCCUUCUCCCUCUCCCCCCGGCGCCCGAAGGACACGCGGGAGAACAUCCUCGCGACGAAAGAGUUUGUCGUCAACAUCAUCAGCGAGCCCUUUGUCGAGGCAGCGAACUCGACGUCGGUCGAAGCGCCCGAGGACGUGGACGAGUGGACGGUAGCCGGAUUGACCAAAGAGCCAAGUCUGCGCGUCCGGCCCCCUCGCGUUCAGGAGAGUGCCGUAAGCCUAGAAUGUGAGCUGUUUUCAACGCAGGACCUAUACCCCGAAGGCGCCUCCGGUGCCGCAGCGUCUACCACCGUCGUUUUGGGCCGCAUCAAGUAUGCCCACGUCCACGAGGCGGUCCUGCAGCCAGACGGCGUGCAGGUUGAUCCUGCGAAGCUGAGGGCGGUGUCCAGGCUGGGUGGCACUACGUACGCCAGGGUGAGCGAAGCCUUCGAUAUCAAAAGGCCGUCUUGGAGGGACGUG